CGCUUUGUCCGCCUGAGGCAAUGCGAUGGGCUGCCCAUCCUUGCAACAUGUGUAAAUUCGGGUCGGACAACCCGCGCAAAAAUUAAAAAAACCAACACAGUUCCCGGCACCACGCCAGACCUCUAGGACGACCGCGAUUCGUAUUCCUGCGCGCCCACCACCAGCGCCCGAAUUGCAUGCCAAAAAACAACAGCAGUUGGUGCGGAGACGCCAAAUUUAGGGCGCCCUGCGGGCUGAAGGCUGGUGCGGCGCACACCACACGACUCCACAUAAGCCGCAAAAGCUGCCCGCACGCCCAAAAAUGAGCGCCGCCGCCUCGCUCAGCCACCAGCAGUGGGAGCAGCAACUGAGCGGCAUCAUCGAGCGCACGAACGCCAACCUCAACGCUUUAUCGACGCGCUACAGCCCCGCGCGCCCCGCGGAAUCCGUGCGACGGUCGGCGGAGCGCCAGUCCUGGGACGCCUUUGAAGAGAGGGAUAAAAGACCAGUGCCGAGCGAGUCCGUCGAAACUUUUAUCGAUGACGACGCCAUCGAGCGAAGUGUCGCUCGGGCGUUAGCAAGGUGGAACGUGGGAAAUGUGCAAGGGGGAGACAAUGCGCUGCAGCGGCUCGAAGACGAAGUCGCCACUCUACGCGCGUCGGAGACGGCGGCCGCGACGGCGCGGCGCUCGAGGGAAGCUACCGUAGAUGCUCUUGCGAGAGAAGUGCAUGCCAGAAGAGGCCACGCGUCGAAGAUGCUGGCCUGGCAGGCCGACGCGGAGCAGUGGCGGUCCAGGGUGGAUGCUGCUUUGGAGAAGGCCGCGGCGACGCAGGCCGGCCUCGAGGCGUCGCAGCGGCGCAUCACCGAGAGCAACAAGCGCAGCGCGACGCAGGCCGAGGUCAAGGGCGUCUUAGAUGCAGCGAGAAGGCAGGCGCAAGCUGCCGCGCAGGGCGCCGUCGCGGCGGGCCAGUCGGCCAUGGAGCACGAGCUCGAGGACUUGAGGCGGCAGGUCGCCGCGUUGCGGUUGCGAAGCGGCGAGUCGUUGGGCGGCGACGACAUGGCCGCGGCGCGCGCGGCGCCGGCGGCCGUGGAAAGCGCCGUCCAGGCCGCGGUGCAGCAGGCCUUCGCGGCCGCGGAAUCAAAACUCGAGGACAAACUUUCGAAAUCGUUGGGCAGCUCUUUACGAGCGGAGGCGUCCGAGGCGCUCAUGGACGCGCGGCGCCAGCUCGAGAACACGUUGGACAGCCGCGCGGCGGCGUUGGGGGGAGGUUCCUCCGGAUCUUAUGGAGACGACGACCGCGCGGCCAAGGCCGUCGAUAAAGCUGUGGCCAAGUUGGUGGGGGACGUCGACAGCGCGCGAAAUGAAGUAGACGAGCUGAAACGCGCGCGGGAGGCCGAUCUGCGCGACGCGCGGCUCGCCCAGAAAAAGCUCGAGCAGCAAUUGGAGACGGUGCGCGCCGAGUGCGCCGACAAGAUCGGGCAAGUGGUCGAAGCUACAAGAACGGCGCGGGCCGCGUUAGACGACGCGCGGGCGGCGACGCACAAGUCCCUGGAUUCGUUGAGGACGGAGCUCUACGGCGCGCUCGACCAGCGGUCCGACGACUGGCGCGACGACCGCGCCGAUUUAGUACGAGGUUUAGCGAGAUGUGAUCGCGCGAUCGGCGCCAUCGAGGGCAAGCUCGACGUGGCGAAGACGACGGCGCGGGCCUUCGCCGAGGAGGCGCCGGCCGUCAAGCGCGCGGGCGAGCUCGCCGGCAAGGUCGAGAGCGUCGACGCGCGCGUCGACGCUUUGGACGCGAAGGUCGGCCGGUUCCGGGACGCGGAGCGGCGGAGCGCGACGGACCGCGCGCGGCUGGACGCCCUGGAGACGUGGCAGCGCGGCGACGCGUCGGAGGCCUUCGAGCACCUGGCCGCGCUGGACGCGGCCGCCGAACUUCAAAGAGAUGUGGUCCAGCGCGUCGGGCGCCUCGAGGAGGCCUCGACGUCGUACCGGGCGGCGCUGGGCGAGCUGGCCCCGCAGCGCCUGGCGACGUGCGAGGAGAAGCUCCAGGCGCUCAAGCAGGCCCUGGACGACAACGAGCGCGCGGCGCGCGACCGCGGCCGCGAGCUCGAGUCGGCGCUGGGCGACGCGAGAGACGCGCUCGAGACGAACCUGGCGUCGUUCGGCCGUCGCGUCGACGAGGGCGCCGCGCGGGCCUCCCAGGCCGCGGACGCCGCCGAGGCCGCGCGCGAGAUCGCCGACGCCAUCCCGAAGCGCGUCGACGCCGUGCGCGAUCGCGUGGCGGCCCUCGAGGAGUCGGCGACGGAGCCGCCGUCGACGCCGGGCCGCGAGUCGCUCCGGCGCUACGCGGAGUCGCCGACGCGGGGCACGAACGUCGACGACGACGCGCGGCAGCGAUGCGCCGACUUGGAACGAAAGGUAGCGGCCCUGGAAAGAGCGGCGCGCGAAGCGGCGGCCGGCGCGCGCGGUGCGGACCACAAGGCCUCCAAGGCUCACGACGACUACAGUGCGCUCGCGCUGCGCGUGGAUGACGUCUCGGCUACCGUGCGGCGCCUCUCCGGCUCCGGCGCGUCGCCGCCGGCGUCGUUGCGACCGCGGCGGUCGGCUCCUUCCGACGCGACGGCCGAGUCGGCGCCGAAGCCUUCCGUGCGCACGGUCCUCUCGCCGAAGCCGGCCGAGUCCUCGUCGUCCUCCGAGGAGGGUAGCUCCGAGGCGUCGUCCGACGAGGAGGAAGAACCUCCGAAGCCGCCCCCUAAGGCGUCAAAGCCCAAGGAGACCGACGAGGAGAUGGCGCGGCGCCUCCAGGCGGAGUGGUCGGCGCCGGCGCCGGCGCCCUCGACCUCGAGCGCCUUCUCGGACCCCUUCGGUACGGCCUCGGUGCCGUCCGUCGCGUCGAGUACGUCGGGCCCGGGCCUCGUAAGGCCAGCACAGCCGCCGGCGGCGCGGAGCCGCUUUGCAGCCAAGGGCGACGGGACCCGGAGGAGCUCGUCGACGGAGCCCAAGGCCUCGCCGGCCCAGGCCAAGCCGCAGCGACGGAGCGGCUCCGUGCCGCCGGCGCCGGCGACGCCCGACCCCUUCGGCGCGCCGCCCGCGCCGCCGUCGGUGUCCUCCGUUGCGUCGUCCUUCGACGGCGCGCCCAAGGCUCCAAGCGUGGCUUCGUCAUUUUCCAGGGGCGCGGACCCCUUCGCGGCACCGGCCGCCCCCUCGAUCUCGUCGAAGGGCUCGGGAUUCUCCGACCCGUUCGGCCAGCCGCCGUCGGCUCCGAGCGUGAGCUCGGACCCCUUUGCUGUCCAAGGCGACGCCUUCGCGCCGGCGGCGGCGCCGUCGGCGUCGAGCUCCUCGUUGCAGGACCCAGCGGUCGCCUUCAGGACGCCGGGGCCGUCGCCCUUCGAGCAGGCCAUCGCUAACCGGCGCGCCAAGACCGAGGCCCAAAAAGCUGCCUCCUCUUCGUCCUACGAGACCGAUUCGGAGUCGGACGAGGAGUCGUCGGCGUCCGAGGAGUCGCCCGUCAAGGCGCCGCGCCCUUCGGACAACUCGGAGCUCAUGAACCGGUUCCGCAGCCGCCUGCAGGCGUCCGGCUCGCGCUCGCCGCCGAAGCGCUACGCGAGCGACUCGGACUAGGCCCCUGACCCCCGGCUAACCACCAGUAC